AUGGCCACCACCACCUCGAAUAUGUUCUUGUAUUCCUUGACGCUACAGCCGCCCACCAACAUCAACCAGGCCAUCCUCGGCCAGUUUUCUGGCACCAAGGAGCAGCAGAUCCUCACAGCUUCUGGCUCGCGUCUGUCGCUGCUCCGUCCGGACCCGUCUCAGGGAAAGGUCAUCACCCUGCUCACCCAUGACGUUUUCGGCAUUAUCCGCUCCAUUGCCGCCUUCCGCCUGGCUGGAAGCAAUAAAGAUUAUGUCAUUCUUGCCACCGACUCUGGCAGGAUCACCAUUAUCGAGUACAUCCCGGCCGACAACCGCUUCCAGCGCAUCCAUCUGGAGACGUUUGGCAAAUCGGGUGUCCGCCGUGUUGUGCCGGGACAGUAUCUGGCGGCCGACCCCAAGGGUCGUGCCUGUCUGAUCGCCUCGGUCGAGAAGAACAAGUUGGUAUACGUCCUGAACCGCAACGCCCAGGCUGAGCUUACCAUCUCGUCUCCGUUGGAAGCCCACAAGCCCGGCGUGAUUGUGAUCUCGCUCGUCGCCCUGGACGUUGGCUAUGCCAAUCCCGUUUUUGCUGCUCUGGAGCUGGAUUACGCCGAGUCCGACCAGGACCCGACCGGCGAAGCCUACCGUGAGGCUGAGACUCUGCUUGUCUACUACGAGCUGGAUCUCGGUCUGAAUCACGUCGUCCGGAGAUGGUCCGACACCGUCGACUCGACCGCGUCUAUGCUGUUUCAGGUCCCCGGCGGCAGCGAUGGGCCCAGCGGCGUGCUGGUCUGUGGCGAGGAGAACAUCACCUACCGGCAUUCCAAUCAGGAGGCCUACCGUGUGCCCAUUCCCCGGCGACGCGGUGCCACCGAGGACCCGAACCGCAAGCGCACCAUCGUGUCCGGUGUCAUGCACAAGCUGAAAGGCAGUGCGGGCGCCUUUUUCUUCCUGCUCCAGACCGAGGACGGCGACCUGCUCAAGCUGACCCUGGACAUGGUCGAAGACGAUGACGGGAAUCCGACUGGCGAGGUUCUGCGGCUCAAGAUUAAGUACUUUGACACCAUUCCGGUGGCGUCAAGUCUCUGCAUUCUGAAGAGCGGCUUCCUGUUCUCGGCGUCCGAGUUUGGCAACCACCAGUUCUACCAGUUUGAGAAGCUGGGAGACGACGACGACGAGCUCGAGUUCUCGAGUGACAACUUCCCGCACGAGCCCAAGGCACCCUAUGAGCCGGUCUAUUUCUACCCACGGCCGGCCGAAAAUUUGGCGCUGGUCGAGAGCAUCGAGUCGAUGAACCCCAUGCUGGACUGCAAGGUGGCUAACCUAACGGACGACGACGUGCCGCAAAUUUACUCGGUCUGCGGCAAUGGCGCCCGCAGCACCUUCAGGAUGCUGAAACACGCCCUGGAGGUGAACGAGAUUGUGGCAUCACAGCUCCCGGGCACGCCGACGGCCGUCUGGACAACCAAGGUGCGGCGGGACGAGGAAUACGAUGCGUUCAUCGUGCUGUCGUUCAACAACGGCACGCUUGUCCUGAGCAUCGGCGAGACGGUCGAGGAGGUGACCGACACAGGCUUCCUCUCUUCCGUGCCGACAUUGGCUGUGCAGCAGCUCGGCGACGACGGUCUGAUCCAGGUCCACCCCAAGGGCAUCCGCCAUAUUCGCGACGGCCGGGUGAACGAGUGGGCGGCGCCGCAGCACCGGUCCAUAGUCGCGGCCGCAACGAACGAGAGACAGGUGGUGGUGGCGCUUAGCUCGGGCGAGAUUGUGUACUUUGAGAUGGACACGGACGGCUCGCUCGCCGAGUACGACGAGAAGAAGGAGAUGUUUGGCACAGUGACCUGCCUCAGUCUAGGCGCCGUGCCCGAGGGCCGGCUCCGGAGCUCAUACCUGGCCGUCGGCUGUGACGACUGCACGGUGCGCAUCCUCAGCCUGGACCCGGAGACGACGCUGGACAACAUGUCGAUCCAGGCUCUGACAGCCGCACCCUCGUCGCUGCUGAUCAUGGCCAUGGACGACUCCUCGGCCGGCGGAACGGCCUUGUACCUGCACAUCGGCCUGCAUUCGGGCGUGUACCUGCGCACGGUCCUGGACGAGGUCACGGGCGAGCUCACCGACACGCGGCAGCGCUUCCUAGGACCCAAGUUGGUCCGGCUCUUCCAGGUCUCCGUGCAGCGGCGGGUCUGCGUGCUGGCGCUCAGCUCCCGGCCCUGGCUCGGCUACGACGACAGCAAGGCCAAGAACUUUGCCAUGACAAGGCUCGACUACAGUGAGCUCGAGUGGGGCUGGAACUUUAGCAGUGAGCAGUGCGAAGAGGGCAUGGUCGGUAUCCAUGGCAAUUUUCUGCGGAUUUUCUCGAUUGAGAAGCUCGGCGACGCCCUGAUCCAGAAGAGCUUUCCCCUGACAUACACGCCCAGACGACUGGUGAAGCACCCGGAAUUCGGAAUCUUCUACACCAUCGAGGCCGACAACAACACGCUGUCGCCGGACUUGCGGCGGCAGCUUAUCGAAGCACCUGGCGUGACGAAUGGUGAUGCGUCGGUCCUCCCGCCGGAAGACUUUGGCUACCCCCGGGGUAACGGGCGAUGGGCGUCGUGCAUCAGCGUGGUCGAUCCGGUGGGCGAAGACCCCGGAGUGACGCAGACGAUCGAGCUGGAGGGCAAUGAGGCGGCGGUAUGCAUGGCGGUGGCAUCGUUUGUCAGCCGAGGCGGCGAGAGCUAUCUGAUUGUGGGGACGGGCCGGAACAUGAUCCUCAGUCCGCGGCAGUUCUCGGAGGGAUACAUCCACGCGUACCGGUUCGUCAAGGACGGCACGCAGCUGGAGCUGGUGCAUAAGACUAAGGUGGAAGAGCCGCCGACGGCGCUGCUGGCAUUUCAGGGACGGAUUUUGGUGGGCAUCGGCAACGUGUUGCGGAUCUACGAUCUAGGCAUCAAGCAGAUGCUGCGCAAGGCCCAGUCGGAAGUGUCGAGCAAGCUGAUCGUGUCGCUGCAGACACAGGGCAGCCGGGUGGUGGUAGGCGACGUGGAAGAGGGCGUGACGUACGUGGUGUACAAGCCGGAGAUCAACAAGCUGCUGCCGUUUGUGGACGACACGAUCAAGCGAUGGACGACGUGCACGACAAUGGUGGACUACCAGUCAGUGGCAGGCGGCGACAAGUUUGGCAACCUGUGGAUCCUGCGAGUGAGCGACAAGGCCAGCCAAGACGCCGAUGAGCCGGGAUCAGAGCUGCAGCUGGUGCAUGCGCGCGGUUAUCUUCACGGAGCCCCGAACCGGCUGGCGCUGAUGGCGCACGUGUACACGCAAGACGUGCCGAUGAGCAUCUGCAAGGCCAGCCUGGUGGUGGGUGGCCAGGAGGUGUUGGUGUGGAGCGGGUUGCAGGGAACGGUGGGGGCGUUGGUUCCGUUUGUCAGCCGGGAUGACGCAGACUUCUUCCAGAACCUGGAGACGCACAUGCGGCAAGAAGAUGCGCCGCUGGCCGGUCGGGACCACCUGAUGUAUCGGUCGUACUACGUGCCGGUGAAGGGGGUGAUCGACGGUGAUCUGUGCGAGCGGUUCAACCUGCUGCCGCGGGAGAAGAAGCAGAUGAUUGCGGGCGAGCUGGACCGGUCGGUGCGGGAGAUUGAACGAAAGAUCUCGGUGAGUGCUCGUGUGGAUGGAGAAGACAAAGUGAAGGAGAUUAGCUGA